UCCUUUCACAGCAACACGAGAAUGAACAACAGAGCGUUGAUCGUGUCCAUGGAGAACUUCUACUCCGAUGCGGAUCUAAACAAGAGGAACGGGGUGAAGAGAGACACUAGAAGACUUCACAAAAUCCUCUCCAAGCUCGGCUUCUCGGUGCACAUCAGAACGGACAUCGACACAAAUGAGAUCUAUGAAGCAUUUAAAGCAGAGAGUAAGAAGACGGUCAAAGAGUGUUUUGUGGGCGUCAUAUCUAGUCACGGUGAGGAGGGUGUUGUGUUUGGCGCUGACGGACGACCAGUGAAACUGGCCACGAUCUACAGUUACUUCGGAAGCCCGUCAAUGGCAGACAAGAGCAAACUCUUCCUCAUCCAGGCUUGUCGAGGGCACGUGUUGGAUGCAGGAGCGGAGGUGGAGACAGAUUCUUCAUUCUCAGAGGAAGAGGACGGCAUGUCUGAGCUCUUCUCUAUUCCUAGUGACACAGCAGUCAUGUACGCCACAUCUCCAGGUUACGGUGCAUUCAUGCAUCCUCUGGGCUCGGUGUUGAUUCAGACCCUCUGUGAUUUGCUAGAAGAGGAAGGAGGUCCCGAUCUGGAGAUCACUAGACUUCUGACUCGACUGAACUACCAGGUGGCCUACAACUUCGAAUCCAGGGGGAAACUGUUGGGCGGCAAAAAGCAGAUGCCGUGUUUUGUGAGCCGCUUUACCAGAGAGGUUUUCCCGUUCAUGAACAUCCAGCAGCAGAUGACCUGAGCUUGACCUCUGCAGCAGAACCCAAGAGCUCCGGCAGAACAGAGACUGACUGCGAAGAAUACGUAGACAAACUGAUUUAUCUUAACUCUUCUAUGACAUCUCUCAAAGUAUCUGACAGGAGACUGAUAAUGAAUCACGUAAAGUUUGAUGUCCAGCAGGAAGUGAGCAGCUGGGAAAGUUGCAGGAUGUGAUGUGCUCUUUUAGCAUUCCACUGAUGUUUUUUGUUUUUGGCUAGAGGUACAUUAUUAUGUAUAUAUUCUACUUAUGCUUUAU